AAGAACAAGGUCCGCGAGAUUCCCGAUGGUGUCCACGACUUUCAAGCGGAGCCGCAGCGACCGGUUCCACAGCACCCGGUGCUGUGGCUGUUGCCAUGUCCGCACCGGGACGAUCAUCUUGGGGACCUGGUACAUGGUGGUAAACCUGUUGAUGGCAAUUUCGCUGACUGUGGAGGUAACUCAUCCAAACUCAGUGCCAUCUGUCAACAUUCAGUAUGAAGUCACUGGCAAUUACUAUUCAUCUGAGAGGAUGGCAGACAAUGCCUGUGUUCUUUUUGCCGUCUCUGUUCUUAUGUUUAUAAUCAGUUCAGCGCUGGUGUAUGGAGCAAUUUCUUAUCAAGUGGGUUGGCUCAUUCCAUUCUUCUGUUACCGGCUUUUUGACUUCGUCCUCAGUUGCCUGGUUGCUAUCAGUUCUCUCACUUAUUUGCCAAGAAUCAAAGAAUAUCUGGAUCAAUGACCUGAUCUUCCCUAUAAACAUGGCCUCCUGGCAUUGGACUCCAGCUGCCUCCUGUUCGUUGUUCUUGUGUUCUUCAUCUUUUUCAUCGUCUCUAAGGCUUAUCUAAUCAACUGUGUUUGGAACUGCUAUAAAUACAUCAACAACAGAAACACACCAGAGAUUGCUGUGUACCCUGCCUUUGAAGCACCUCCACAGUAUGUUCUGCCAACCUAUGAAAUGGCCGUGAAGAUGCCCGGAAAAGAGCCGCCACCGCCUUACAUACCUGCCCGAAGACAUUCUGCCUUUGUCAGUAACCCUGACACCACCAGCUUUGGUCUUGUUUGUUUUACAGAAUGCUGCACUACAGGGCUCUUCAGACUUGUUGAUACAAACUACUUUUUCCUUUGUUUAAACAUUUAUUUUCGAACACUAACAAGCUUUUGA